ACUAUUCGAACAACUUAUCUAGUUAACCCAUCCCACCAUAGCUACGUUACGGCAACACUAUCGGAAUAACUUAUCUAGUUAACCCAUCCCACCAUAGCUACGUUACAGCAACACUAUCGGAAUAACUUAUCUAGUUAACCCAUCCCACCAUAGCUACGUUAUGGCAACACUAUCGGAAUAACUUAUCUAGUUAACCCAUCCCACCAUAGCUACGUUACGGCAACACUAUCGGAACAACUUAUCUAGUUAACCCAUCCCACCAUAGCUACGUUACGGCAACACUAUCGGAACAACUUAUCUAGUUCAAAAAAAAACUCUGCUAGUUGUGUUGGUAAAAACGUUGACAUUCUGUAUGACUUCUCAGUGCAUUAAACAAUUUACAAGAAGUGCCGUUGUUAUCUGCUUCAUGAAUAAUCAUGUCAUUCCAUUCAUAGAUGUUAUAUUAUAAAUGUGUACAUAUGCAAUACAGGUACCAGGAGUAAAGCAUAAUUGAAACUAACAGAAACAUUGAUUCUUGUUGAUUUUUGCCAUGAACUGUUGAGUGAGCCAUGGGUGAAUGAGCCUUGUUAUGAGACUAGCCGGACGAGAGGGAGUCUGCUUUGUUAUGUAACUUAAUUUUACAAUCAAUUAAGUUUAUAUAUUUUCUGGGUAUUAAGCUGACCUUAAGGUGAAUUGUAUUAGUUUGUAUAAAUCCAAGUACCAUUUAAAUUAUGUAAACAACAUACAAUUAAGUCAGAAGUUCUCUAGCCCUGUAUUCUUCUUUACAAUUACACUUGUAGUCAUGAAAAAUAAUUAAAAUAUUUGUAUUAAGGUAAUGAGUCAUAAAAUUGUUAUCUAUAAGAACAAUAUACUUUAAGCAAAUUCUAAUAGUGAUAUAUGGUUCUAUAUUCUCUCAUGAAAUAUUUCUUUUCUCUUAACUGUGUUUUGUAAGAUCAGAAAUCGACUUGGUGAGUUUAUUUCCUUUCUCCUUUUAGAAUCUUCCAAUUGUAGUGAGUUGAUUGCAUUAGUAUCUUUUUCUUAAACUAACAUAGUGACAUGUGUAGCUGUAGGUUGAUACAGAGGUGAUGGGUGACAAAAAACACAUUUCUCGUUUCUGUCACUGUCACCUCUGUCAUUUUUAAAUUGCCAUCUAUCCUAGUCUGUCACCUUAAUCCCCAUCAAUUUCAACUCCAGCCCCCUUCAUUAAACAGCCCUGUACCUUAUCUUCCCGUCUCAUUUCUGUCAUUAUCUUGUAAAGCAAUAGUAACCGUCCUACUCUGUCCCUCUCACUUCCACAACUGAGAAUAGUAACAGAUGUGUUGUCUCUAGAUCAGGUGAACGGUGUCCAACGCUUCCAGUGCCCAAAGUGUCACCGAUCUUACUCGCACUUCCACAGUAUGAAACGUCACCUCCGCCUCGAGUGCGGAGUCCCCCCUCAGUUCAAGUGUCCUCACUGCGAGUACGUCUCCAACCGCAAGGGCAACAUUAACGCUCACAUCGCUAUCAAACAUGCGAUGCCGUGGUCCGACAGCGCCAGACCCCACCGUUGCCGUUGUGGCAAGCAGUACUCUAACCUGGGCACCAUGGUGCGUCACCAACGAGAGGAGUGUGGCCGGGAUCCCCACCACUGCUGCCAACUGUGCAACUAUCGCUCCCACCGCAAGGACACCUUGGACAGACACGUCCGGCUCAAACAUCAGAAGAUGCCCGAGAUAGUUCAGGUCGUGAUGAAUCACUGUUUGAAGAACUAACUUUGUUAUCGUCCUGCUGUACUGCCGCUGUCGGAGGGCAAUAGAAGCCUCAAUCAAUAGAACACUCUUUAGGCAAAUUAAUUAUUUUCUUGUUUAAAUGAAGAUGUGGUUAUAUAACAAUUUACAUCAUAAUUAAUUUGAAAUUUAUAAUGGUUUGUUACUCCAGACACUGGAAAGUUUUAAUUCGUUUUAGUAAUUAAUCAAAAUAAGUAAGUAAAUGAGUUGAAAAAAUAUGUUGAUUAAUUUAUAUAUGGAGUUUUAUAUUAAACUCCACAAGUCACGAGAUAUGUCACAAUUUGAUUCUCAUGAAGUUACCAUUGUUAUACAUUUGUAAGUUCUCUUAUAAAGUUUCUCAGUUAUUUAUUUUAUUAAAGCAAUUGAAUUUUA